CACAGCUGCACUAAACACACUCAACUUCCGGAAGCUUCCGCAGGCUGGGUGACUUGCGCAGUACGGUCUCAACACAUCACCACGGCAACCAUCUUUCACAGCGAGUCCCCGGCAGCAUCACUGGCUUGUGAUCAUCUCCCGUUGGCCGCAGAGCAGAGAAAACCGCACCGUGUUCAAGCAGUAGUGCAGUCAUGGUGAAGCUGGGCACUAAUCUGUCUGAUAACAUGGAGAAACAGCCGUCUGCAGAUGAUGGCUUUGAUAACAUCCCCCUCAUCACACCGCUGGAGGUCAGCCAGCUCCAGCAGUCAUUUGCAGACAAGGUCAUCGUGAAGACAUCCACUCAUUACCGGCAGCAGCAGCCGAAGAAGAAGAAGUUGUUUAUGCCCAACAUCGAGAAGCUGAACAUCAGCUUGUACAAAGAUGUCUCAGACAGAGCCAAGAUAACAGGUCUGAUCCUCAUCAUGUUGGCCUUCCUGACCAGCCUGCUCCUUCUACUCAUGUACAAAGCCAUGUGGUACAACCGUCUUACCUGCCCAGAGGGGUUCAUUCUUCAGCAGAGGCACUGCAUUCCGGCUGCUCUGGAGAUGUUCUCCACUGCCGAGCAGCAGAACCCAUCAGACAUCCAAGGCGGCACCAACUCUGGGCUGUACGCGGCCCUCAGCCGCCUCAACCAGGUCAAAAGGACGGGGCCUGGGCUGCCAUCGCCGUGGUUACCGGUCAUCAGAGCUAUGAAGGAGCCUGACAGAGCCAAAGAAGAAAGCCAGCAGCAAGUCAGAGGAGGAGUGUGAAAUCACAGCACAGCUUGUCCUUACAUCACAUCCAUCUGCUCUGAUGUCACCGUCUGAACACAAAUGAAGGUGUUGACUUUUUUCAUCAUUCGUGUUUUCUUUACUAAAGUCCCUCUCAAAUGGUUCUUUAAUAUCCUGAAAACAGAGGUAGGGGACCCAUGGCUCGGGACCCUGAUGCGGCUUUUUUUGAAAACUGCAUCAGGCUCUCAGACAUGUCUUAUCACGAUUUAUUUUAAGUUUUUUUCACUGACAUUUUAAAGACAGCAUUACAGAAAUCACAGUGUUAAAAAUAACAUUCAAAAUAUUAAACUUUCUUAUGCAUUUUAAUCCAUCCAGGCAUUUUCUACCACAAUGUGGCCAGAGCCAAUGCCAGCUGUCAAAACUUGAUUAUUACUGGAUAAUGUGGUAACCUACCUGCGUCAUUGAGAUGUCAAAAAGUAAACUUCCCUCGCGUAAUCAAACAGUUAGCAAUUCUGGUGAGCAAACCCUUUUGACGAAGAAGAAAGGAGUACGGUGUAAAACCAUGCAGCACCAGAAGUCGUAUUAAUGCUAAGAAGUAUUUUAUUUUUUAUUGGAUUGCUUCAAUAUAAUAUUGUUGUUAAAAAGAAUAAAUUCAGAGACUUACUAUAUUCAAAAUUUUGUUGGUCUUGCUUAAAAAUGCAUGCAUUUAGUUGUAGGCCGCACGUUGGCCUAGUGGCUAGCAUGUUGGCCACACAGUCAGGAGAUCGAGAAGAUCUGGGUUCGUUGGGUAUCUCUGUGUAGGAAUUUGCAUGGGUUUUCUCCGGGUACUCCGGUUUCCUCCCACAUCCCAAAAACAUGCAUGUUAGGUUAAUUGGCGGCUCUAAAUUGUCCAUAGAUAUGAGCGUGAGUGCGAAUGGUGCCCUGUGAUUGGCUGGCAACCAGUGCAGGGUGUACCCCGCCUCUCGCCCGAAGUCAGCUGGGAUAGUCUCCAACAUACUUCCGACCCUAAUUAGAAUAAGCGGUAUAGGAGAUGGAUGGGCAUUUACUUGUGUCGGUGUUAAAAAAAUAUGAUAUGAAAUACAUUUUAAAAUAUGUGGCUUUCAUGGCUCUCUUAGCCAAAAAGGUUACCCCUUCCUUAAAAAUCCAUCUGUAAAUCGCUAUACAUAUUCAUCAGCAUCUCAUUUACCCUCACAUAUUUCUUCACCGGUGUUCCGAAUCCAAAAUUUUCUAAUUUUCAAAUUUUUCCUAAAUAAGUUUUUGAGCGUGUGUGUGGCUAUUAACUUCUAAAUGUCAUCUGUAGUAUUACACCAUUAGCUUAGAACAGGGGUCACCAACGUUUUUCCUUGUGAGAGGUACUUUUACAAAAUGAACAUGGCCAAGAGCUACUCAUUUUUGUAACAUUUAUUUUCUGAGCUUAUUUUAAACCCAAACAAAGCGAAUAUGCUUGUUUUACCAGAACAUUAACAAAAUGCUGGUGUCCACAACUUACAUUUUGUAUUUCAGAAUGCAUUUCUUUCUACUGUUCUUUCAUUAUUAACUGAAAACCUGAAUGAAAAGCAGGCUUGCGGGCACCUCAUGUGGUCGUGGGGGGCUACCUGGUGCCCGCAGGCACCACAUUGGUGACCCUUGGCUUAGAUAUUGGUGACAUAUUUAGGAUGCAGUUGGCUCAGGGCAUGAAAGUAAAUAAAAUGCAAGAAAAAACAUCUUUAAUGGUGCAAUUUAAAGAGCCUAUGGUUUAGUACAUUUGCUAACAAAUCCUAGAAUCCAGGAGAGACGAGUAAACGUCGCCACCUCCAUUAUUAUUAUUAUUUUUUUACAGUAUCUACACAUCUGAACAAUAAAAUAACGGGUUGACUUUUAUUUUGUCCCCCUUGCCAGAAUAGGCCCACAGCCAACGUUAAUACUCUGGGAAUCCAAAUUCUUUAACUCAGCUAUUGUUCAAGUGUAAAUGGAGUCUUUGCACUGAAGCCAAGGAUUGUUUUCAUCCUUUACAUAAAUUAUUCAAAGUCACGCAAAGUAGAAUGCCAUUUCAGGAAACUUAAAAUGCUCAAACACGGGUUCCUACAGAACACUUCAAACUUACUCAAAGCCAUAUUACAGGUUGUCAUGUUAACUUAUGAAACUACUUAUAGUACUUUAGUGGUCUGUGAUAAUAUUGUUGGGCCAGCCUGGACACCUCAUGUUGGGUCAGCAUUAUAGCAUCAACAUCUUGAGAUGUGAAAGGCAAAGCUCUCAAUUUACCGGUCGAUGUACAUUCCUACCCUCACCUAUGGUCAUGAGCUUUGGGUAGUGGACCGAAAGGACAAGAUCGCGGGUACAAGCGGCCGAAAUGAGUUUUCUCCCUAGGGUACCUGGCGAAAGCUAAUGUAACACAGUACAGUACAGUACAGUAUGUAAUCUUAUGUGACUAACAUGACUUACCUCUACCUCUGUUUGUAUUACUGGCAUUUCAACUUGGAACUGGCUUUCCAUAGCCCUCCUUUUGAUUGUAUAAUAUUUUAUAUAUACAGUCAUGGAAAAAAAUUAUUGAUUCUUCACUUUUUUGUUUAUUUUAAUGCCUGAUACAACUAAAGGUACUGUACCUUAGUUUGGACAAAUAUAAAAAUGACAACAAAAAUGUCUCAUAAAAGUUAAAUUGUUUGGCAGUACAACGCUACAGCUAUUCAUGUAAGAACUUAAGUGAUUUUGGAAAUCAAGAAAACCACGGAAGUUUCUAGAUUUCAGCUCCUAAAUGAAACUCUUAUGAGCUUUAUUUGUUAUCAUCAUUAUAUUUGUCCAAACAAAUGUACCUUUAGUUAUAGCAGGCAUUAAAAUUGAUCAAUAAACUGAAGAAACAAGGGUGGUCUAAUCAUUUUGUCCACGACUGUAGUUAUAUAGUAAUCCCUUGUUUAUCACAGUUAAUUGGUUCCAGACCUGUCCGUGAUGAGUGAAUUUCAGCAAAGUGAGAUUCUUAUUUAUAAAUGUAAUAUUUUCUGAGUUAGAGCAUAGAAAACGUGUUUAUGACCUUCUAAAUACAGUUUUAACAAUAUUAGAGCCCUCUAUACAUGAAAUAACACUUCUCAAGUCACCUGUAUAUUCAGACUAACCCAGGGCAGCUGUGGUUACAGAUUACCACCACCAGUGUGUGACUGAAGAGAGAAUGAAUAAUGGGUUCACUUCAUUGUGAAGCACUUUACGUGCUUUAUUUAUAACCCCGCACAUCUAGAUUUAUGCUCGGAUUGUACACUUUGAUACGCAAAUAGUGAUAAUACAUAACGCACAAAGGAGGCUGUAUUUAUUUUUAUUGCAUUUUAUUUAUUUUAUGUACUUUUUUUUCUUUUUCACUUUGUUUUUUUAUUCUUAUUUUAUUCUUGUUAGCACUAUACUGUCUGUAAAUGUGGCGACUGUAGCAAAGUAAUUUCCUGCAAAGGAUCAAUGAAGUAUCUAUCUGAGCUGGAUGCACACUGACUCUUAAAAAAUAAAAAAAUCACUCCGUUGUAGCCAUGAAUCAAUGUCUGUUCCAUUGCACAAUGUGAACAUGAUUAUUAUCUACUCAACUAUGAUAUCCUGAAUUUUCAGCACUGUGGUUGGAGUUUGUAGUCAGUGGUGCAGCACACUGAGAUAUGUUUCUUUUAUUUGAACUAUGUUAUUUAUUACUGUGAGGGUGUAAAAUAGCAGACAGCUCUCAUUGCGAUGCAGUACAGUUGUACACCACUCCAAAGAACAACGACCAUAAUAAACAUAUAGUUCAAUUAGCACCUGUAAAUGCAAACUUGUUUCACUUGCAUUGGAUCUCAUCAGACUGCGCAGGUCUACCUACUGAAGUUGAAGCUUAAUUUCAUGAAAUAAGGAUGAAAUAGUAGGUAGAGCAAAUGAAUGGAUGAUCCCAGAAGAACGUGAGUCAGUCAGGCCUGAGAAUGGGAGGCAAGAGGAGGCCUGAAGGUGUGGAGGAGGAGGAGGAGGAGGAUGAAUCCAAGCUGACCCCUGUGUCUCUGUGUGUUGUUGUUGUGUGUCUCAGUGGGUUUCCUCUGUGCUGGCGCCAGCUGGAAAUGCCUCCACUAAGCAGAGGCAGUACACACAUCAUCCUCCAUUCAGGCCUCUUUGAUGAGAGUAACACUAGACAUGCUCCGAGCACACAACAGAUCCUAUCUAGCUGCUGUUUAAAAGGCGGGAGCGUCUGAUCAUAACUUAUCGAGGGUUCAGACGUGCUCUCCAAUGCUUUUGUUGCCCACUGAACAAAUAGGAGCUCAUGUUUUUUAAGGUGCGUUCACACUUCAUCUUUGGUCCACUUAAAGCCUACUGUAGUCAGUUUGCUCAGCUAGUACGGUUCAUUAAGUAUGAUUGCAAUCCAGGACCAACAGGACUGAGACCGCCUGAGAGAUGGGCCUUCCAGCGGACUCUAGUCCUGAGUCAGGCAAGUGUGAACAGACAAUGUAUACGUAACAACUUUAUGCAUUUGAUUAACUGAGCAUUAUUUGACCUGCUGACAAAAAUAGUGUGAACGCUAACCAGACCACGCUAAAGUGAUCACCAAGUACCGUGUUCCCUCGCUAUAACGUGAUUCGCUAUUCCACUGAUUUUUUUUGUGUGUGGAAUUUUUUACAGUGUAGCAGGCUUUUUUAAAAUUUUUUAAAUUUUUUUUUACAGCAUAUGAAUUCAUUGUGUUCUGCGUCCUGAUUUGCUAAGCGAGAACCCGCAUUGUCUUCUGUGUUUCGAUUGGCUAAGGGACUGUAGACCAUCAAUCCAUCUCCUCCAUGCCAUGUGUCCCGUACAGUACUGAAUGCGUUCAGCUUGCCUAAUUUACAUAAUUGUUCGAUCGCUAGCAGUGUGGCUCUUUAAUGCUGUAUGUUUGCAAGUUUUCUCCCCGACAAAACUCACAAUGUUGCCAAAACGCUCUGCACUGACAAAGGCACCUGCAGUUGCACCCAAAAGGCAGAGGAAGAUGCACAAAAAGUUUCUGGACAUGACAUGAAAAAGAAUUCUGGACAUGCUGAAAGAAGGUAGAACUUACACAGCUGUAGGGCGCCAUUAUGGAAUAAAGGAAUAUUUGGUUCGUACCAUAAAGACGGAGGAAAAUAACAUAAGCGCGGGGCAGAGGCACACGUGAACAAAUUUAAAGCCAUCAUUAAGGAAGGGGGACAUUAGCCUGAACAAGUUUUUAAUAUGGAUGAGACAGGCUUAUUUUGGAAACACCACAUUGCUGAUUCAGCCCAUGGACCAAGGCGUGAUCUGCGCUUUCAAGGCCCUCUAUAUGAGCAACAUAUAUAUAUUUUUUCAUGUCUGAGAAAAGUGUAUAAAGUGUGGGGUGAGGGAUUUUACAGCCUUAAAACAUAUACAAUAAACAAAAAAACAUAUCCUGUAAAAAAAAAAAAACAUAUACAGUCAAACCUGUCUUAGCGGCCACCUUUAUAGAAGGGCCACCUGCCUAUAGCAGCCACUGAAAAAUCCCCCCCAGCAAAUUUACAUGUUAUAGACCCUGUGUAUAGCAGUCACCUGUCCAACGCAGCCAGCAGCCACCCAUUUUGUCUCCCUUGGUCAAUAUCUGACUGCAUAUAGCAGCCAAAUUACCAACUCAAGUAGAAGCUUCAUGCACGAAAAAGUUUUGUUUUUCAAUCAAUGAAGGCAUCGUGUGUAGACUUUAAUUACUGAGUCCUAGCUCAGUCACAAUCAUUCACAAGAUCCACACAAACUGUCAGUUGUUCCACAUAAAAAAGCCGUCUUCUUUUGAGCUUGCUAUUUCCUGGUCAAACAUGUAACUUUAAGAGCAUUUGCACCAAAACAUUACCGCAAAUUAGGCUGGGAACAGGACGUGCUCCCAGCGACGCUACAAUAAAAAAAAAAACAUAUGCUAGCAUGCAUGCAGCAGCGGGAGCAAAACUGAGUUCGGUUGUACUUAACUGAAGUAUUUUAUCAGUUAUCAGUUAUUAUUAAGGCUCUAGCUUCCUUUUAGUAAGUAAAAACCUUGGCUAUGAUUGCACUACAUUGUCAUGUAGACCUACAAAGUACACUUGGAAGAACAAGAGGUGAAUAAAUGUAUUGCAACUGAUGUGAAACUGAUGAGGGGUAGGAUUAAAUAAGCUUUGCUUCUUCCUACUCCUUUUUGGACAUGCAAAAUUGUGAAUUGUACUAUGUGAUGUGCUACUGUUUGACUCAUGCAUGUUCAGGAUUAAAACCAUGAACCAUGAUAAUAACGAGCCUAGUAGUGCUGUACAACUUUUAUCAGCAGUCCGCAGUGCCAUCUACUGGUCAACAUUUAUAUUAUUAUUUUUUUCCCUUUUUUUUCUUUUUUUUCCCUCUACUGGUCAACAUUCAAACUGGACGCCAACCUGUCUAUAGAGGCCACCUGUCUAUAGCGGCCACUUUUGCAGACUCCCUCUAGUGGCCGCUAUAGACAAGUUUGACUGUAUAAUAAACAAAAAACAUCCUGUAAACAAAAAAUAUGCACUGUAAAUGAAAAAAACGUAAUAAAUGAAAAAACAUAUCCUGUAAAUGAAAAAAUAUAUAAUCAAUGAAAAACUAUACUGUAUAUAUAAGAAAUGGAAAAAAAAUGUAUUUCUGCUACACAAAUUUCACUUAACAGUGGUAUUGGUUGGAACCUAACCCCCGUUUUAAACGAGGAAACAUUGUAUCUCAGACUAUAAGCGUGAAUGCACCUUUAAUUUCGUUGGAGUGAUGUUGUUUAAGUCAUUCAGGAAGUACGCUGCCACCUCGUGGUCAUCUCCCAGGGCUGCAGAGGCCAACAUUGUUCGGAGCCUCCAUGUUUGAAUCUUUUUUUAAGGAGUCAAGGGAAUGAAACACAUACCACGAGUUAAUCCUUCAUCAGUGACGUUGUUCAUUAACAGAACAACAAGAAAUACAAGACAAUAAUUCACUUUGGUUAAAUUUGUUUUCAUUUAAAGAUAAAAACAGUGAGCUGGCAUUGUUCAACUACGAGCUGGAAGUAUUAAUGCUGCACUUCAUCCAUUAAGGAACAUACAUAUACUACCUGGCACUUAUGUGUAAUGCAAGAGUUAAUUUUUUUAAGUGGCUGAUUUGCGGCGUGGGCAACGACAUUGACACUUGGCAAAGGGGACUGUGGUUUGAAUCCUAGUCAGGGUAAAUGGCAAUGUAUGACAAUAUAUAUUAUUAGCAUUAUUUUUUUAAACAAUACUGGACCUGACAUUUUCUGGCAAGAAAAAUUCUGGCUGGUCAAGUCCCAACUGAAGGCCGAGGUACCAAAUGCACCGCCCGCCACUGAUAACUUUACAUCAACUAAAUGAUUAGUAGUAGCAACUACAACUGUUGUCUUUAUUUAAGAAUUAAUCAUUUUUCGUUUUUUUUCAAGCCCCCCCAAAAAUUCCACAGUUAAAAGCAUCAUGCUCAGUUUAUGCUUGCAAAGUUACAAAACAUUUCAAAAUGUACCUUCAUUUUUUUGUGGUUUUGUGUUUGUCCAGUACUAGAUUUUGCUAUUGUAGUUUCUUAAAAGUAAUGUCAAAAUAAUCUCUCAUCUUGUGAGCUGAGUGUAUUGUGACACCGUGAUUAAUAACAAAACUCAAUGGAGUUUUAUUCUUUUUUUUUUUUAUGUUUCAUGAUUACAGGAGAGGCCCUGCAAGAUACAAAGAUUUUACCUCGUCCAUACUUUCAAUUCCUACUAGUAAAUUAGUCACAGGAUUCUUUUGAAAAUGACUUAGUCACCAUGAAAUUAGUCUUAAGUUUGUAAAUCUGCAACAAAAACCACACUAGUAAAAGAGGUCCAGCACAACCAGCUCCGCAUUCAAAUAUCUAGUCUGCUUUGUUCUGAAAUAUUAGUCAACGUCCCAAUCCUUUUACAACAUCCUGUGAUUAAAGUUUGAACGAAUAGGUCCAUGAGACAAAUGGACUUUGACUGCAGUGAUCUGGUUUCUAUUAGUGUAGUUAGAGUAUGAUAAACACUCACAAAAAGGCCAGUUUUAUUUAGGGUUUUAGGAAGAUUGGAUCGUCGUCGUGCUUGUAUGUCUCAAGUUCAGACUAUCCAAGCUGGUCUUAAUCUGUGUUUUAAUUUUGACACUUCUCUACCAAGCGAGCUCAGUGGCAAAUAAUGAUGAAUGAUUUGGCAUGUUGAGAUGACCACCAGAGUCAAAUAUUUAGAAAUCCAUCCAUCCAUAUCCUAUGCCACUUAUCCUCACUAGGGUUGUGGGUAUGCUGGAGCCUAUCCAAGCUGACUUCGGGCGACAGGUGGGGUACACCCUGGACUGGUCGCCAGUCAAUCGUAGGCCACAUAUAGGAAGUAUUUAUGGAAGCGUACAUUCAUACCUACGGACAAGUUAGAGUCGCCAAUUAACCUAACAUGCAUGUUUUUGGAACCUGGAAUACAAGGACAAAACUCACGCACGGGGAGAACAUGCAAACUCCACACGGAGAUGCCCAACGGAGAGUCGAAUCCAGAUCUUCCCGAGCUCCUGACUGUGUGGCCAACACAAGGCCCUUUUUUUUAGAAAUGUCCAGAAAAAUAACAUGUGUCCUGUGAUUGACUGAUGACUGGUCCGGGGUGUACCCUGCCUCUUGCCCAAAGUCAACUGGGAUAGGCUCCACCUCACCUGUGACCCUGAACUGUCUAAGCAGUUGAAAAUAAAUUAAUAAAUAAGUUUAUUUCAGGCACAAACCUUUAUUGACAGUUUAUUGACAUAUUUAAAAAGGACACAGGAGGCGGGAAAGUCAAGUCAACAAAGUUUAUUAAUAAAUUAACAAAGAGAUUUAAAAACCCCUACAAAUCGUACAAUAAUAAUAUAGGUUUUUAUGCCAAAUUGCAAAAAACACGGAUCGCUGUCGCUCGUCUUUCUAGCCUACUUUGCAGUCGCUCUGUCAGUUUUAAAAAUCCAUACAUUUUACUAAAUCUAUUUCUAUGAAUUUUAGAAUAAUAGUAUGGAGUUUCAUGCCAGGGCUAGACAAGCAGCAAUUGCUACUCACUGGUAUAGUGUUUUGCAUGUGCACAGAGCUGUCAGUGUGACUUGCUAACAGUCCAAAAAAACAUAUUUGUGACCAGUUUUUGGUGUGUUAUAUCAUACUCAUCACAACACAAUAUCACUGAAUGUUAUUAUUGUGUUAUUGUUGUGAAUAUAUCACUUUCUUGGCUUUGCCGUGAGCUCAUGGCUGCAUUUGUUUGCAUUCGGUUUCCAGAACGUAUUCUUGCAGUGACGUCACAGCCAAGAUGGAGGCAAAAAACUCUUUUUUUUUUUUUUGGGUUUCAUGAGCACUUUUAUGUAUAUCGUUAAAAGCUUUUCUUUUGGAUAUAGAAAGCUUCCUUUUUUAAUAUGCAGUUGGAGAGAAAACAGAAAUACAUUCAAGGAAUUUGAGGCCAAUGAGCAACAAUGUCAUUAAAAAGCAAAAUCAAUCUCCUUACCACAAGCUUCCAAUGAGAGGGCUGUGAGUUUGUGAGAAUGAGCCGUCAUCUGUCGUCCUUUCAUUGCCACAUUUAGCAGUGAUUUAUAUAAGGGGAGAAAAGCAUCACGAGAAUGCCUUUUCCAAGCGCAACAGCUUGCUGCAAUUUAGGUUAUAUGGGGGAAAACCGCUGAAACAAAUAUUUGACCGUCGUCCAUAAUGAAAUGGACACAAUAAAGUGAGUUAAACGCUUGGUAACAAAAGCACCGCUUCCCCGAAAGAACAAGCUUUUUAGUAGUGCCACAGGGGUUAGACCUUUAAUUCCUUGAGCGAUACAACGAUAAUCCACAUGAAGAACUGCUGGAAGGAUUUGUUUCAGUGUAAAAAAAAAAAAACAUUUUCUCACUAGUCUGACAAUGUUAUAAUGUCUUACAGUCAUAGUGAUGUUAUGCUCAUUCUUAGCCAGAUUUCACACAAAUUACAGAACUGAUUCCCACAAUUUUGUGAUAGGGUAGGGUGUGAGCCUAGAAAAAAAACAGGAUUUAGAAAAAAAUUCAACAUUUACCGUUCACGAGUCCUACGAGGUGGAAUGAACCUUUUUGCAUUUUUGCAAGGUGGCUGUAGGUACCGGUAGUCUCAGACAGUUUUCAUUUGAUUGAAGCAACCUUAAAACAACUUUGUUAUUGUUAAGUUUCACAUAGGACCGUUUUUUGGGGGGGGGCAUAAACACUCUGUGGUUAGGCCACAACCACUGGGGGGUUGGCACAUGAUCAGAAAGGCUCAGACCACAUUCAAGUCUAUUGCACUGUUGAUCUUUUCAAUAACUAGUGGCAUUUGGAGGGCUCAAUUUGAUUAGCAAAUUCUAAAAAUCAAACCCUAGUGAGGUAGUACUAAAGACCGAAAUGGGGCCUAAAAAAUUCAGGAGUGGUGCUGAAGUGGGGGGGGAAAGAGAAAAUUGGAGACAGAAAAGAGAGUGCAGGAUAAAUGUAUUAUGUUUUUCUCGUUCAUUGGUGUAGUGGUUGAAUUGUGUUUAAGUACUUUCAGCAUUUACACAUUUUAUAUUGAAGUUCAUUUGUUGUUUGCAUGUAAUGUAAAAUAUUUAGAUAUUUUACAUUAAGAUUAGGAUUGGGGCACGUUCAUAUUUAUAUUUGUUUUGUAUUUUGUUCGGAUUUGUAGUUUAGUCUUUGUUUAAUUCAAUUCAUUACUCUGAAUAGUUCUUCAUUGGUUCAGUUGCUAUCAUAGACUUUGUUCAAAUAAAGACAUUUGCAAUUAAUUAAUUUAUCUUUAUUAUGCAGCUUAUAUGUAUGUUUGCUUAGUAGUAGCAGUUAGGGCCACAAAAAGCUUAGAGCUGGCCGUGCUUUCGUUAUUUUAACUCAUUUAUAACUGGCAUAUUUAAAUAAAAGAAAAACAUCUUUACAAAAGCCCGUGGCCCAUGUGCUUGGGGCCCUGGUACACCAUUCCAAUGUUUUUCCCCACUGUGUGCAUGGGUAGCUAAUGUUGUGCCAAUGUGUUUUAUUCAUGGAACACCAUGGGCCGAAUAUUACGUGUCAUCCAUCUAGAAAAAAAAUAUUUUGUAGUUGAAUUUGGAGAGGAGGAUGUGUCUUCAUUUGGGUUUUGGUCUGUGUUUCGGGACAAGGGAGAAAACUUAAAUCAAAUGCAUUUCAAUAGAAGUGUGCCUUUGUUUUUAAGUGACAUGCUGAGUUACUGAUAAUUGAAGCAGAUUAACAGCAAACUUGUGUGCAGUACGUAACGUAGCACGCAUGGAGCAGCACUCUCACAUGAGCGAGCACACAUGGAGACCUUUACCGCUCUCCCUGAGUGAAUGGGGAGACUCAAGCACUCUAAUUAAUAUGUCACAUUGAAAAUAUUUUAAUAGCUUACAAAUGGGGCUGAGUGCACAUUGCCCUGUGCCAUUUAUUUACAGUGAGGCUGAGACUUACUGGCACGAGGCAGCAAAUUCUUCAACGUCUUAAUUAGAAGGAGUCUUCUGAUGCAUGUGUGGAACCUCUGUGGUCUCCAAACACCACCCCUUCUUUGAAAAAUUGCCUCUUCCUUAAUCAGUACCAAAUGCAGACCCCCUUUCCUCUUUCCCAUCAUGGGUGAUAGAAGGAAUCAGAGAGGAAGGAAGUGAUUGCAUUCAAUGGGAACCUUCUCAUUUUUAUUUUUUAAAGCCGAGUCACAUCACCCCCACGACGCUUACAGUUACUGAUGCUUUGUCCCAGUGUGCAGUUGUGAGGAAUCGCUUAUAAUUAAGUGUUAUUUGUUUGGGAGCCGCAGGGCACUGCGUUCUUUAUGCACAUUAUUUCUAUUGCAGCAUGGAAAAUUUAGCACAGUAGUGUCCAAACUUUUUCCACCGACAGCCAUAGAAUGAAAAAUGAAACAAUGCCAGGGCCACUUUGGUAUUUUGUAAAUCUACACAUGUAAAUAUGCUAAGAAGUUUUAAAUAUUUCAAGAAAUAACAGCGUUUCAGCUUUGUGAUAUAGGAGAAAAAGCGUAUUAUUAGUAUGAACUUUGCUCUUUGCUCUUUUUUUCCUAUUUUUGCUGUUGUUUUUUUUUAUUUUCCAAAGACUUCACCUUGCUUCUGAAAUAAGCUCGUAAAUUUUCUUCUCAUAAUAUUAAAACUUUAUUCCCAUAAUAUUUUGACUUUUUUCCCCAACCCAAUUUUCUAAAAAUGACCACUUUAUUUUGUUUUGGUUAUUCUUGAAAAACAUUUUUUCUUGUUGCAAUACGACUUUUUUCUCUUUAUAUUUGGACUUUAUUCAUGUAAAAUUACACCUGAUUUUUCCAUUUCUGCUGUUGUUUCUUUUUUAAUUUUCCAACUAUUUCAGCGUUCUUUUUGUAAAUUUUCUUCUUGUAAUAUUUUGACUUUAUUCUCAUAAUAUUAUAACCUUUCCCCAGCCUAAUUUUCCAAAGAUUACAACUUUAUUAAUUGUUUUGUUUGUUUCUCAUAAUAUUACAACUUAAAAUAACUUUUUUCUUCUGUGAUAUUUCAUCUCCAUACUUUUUCCUCCAAAUAUUACGAGUUUAUUCUAGUAAAAUGUGACUUAUUUUCUUGUUUCAAUAUGACUUUUUUUCUCUCUAUAUUUGGACUUUAUUCUCGUAAAAUUACACCAGUUUUUUUCAAUUUAUGCUGUUGUUUCUUUUUUAAUUUUCCGACUAUUUCACCUUCCUUGACAAUUUUCUUCUCAUAAUAUUAUUACUUUAUUUGCAUAAUAUUAUAACUUUUUCCUAAGCCUAAUUUUCCAAAGAUUACAACUUUAUUGUAAUUCUCAUACUUGUACAACUUAAAAAUAAAAAAAUUCUGUAAUAUUUCAACUCUAUACUACAGAAAUUACAUUCUUUUUCUUUUUUCUUUUUCAGCUUUUUUUCUUGUUACAGUACGACUUUUUUGUCUUUUUUUUGGCCUUUAUUCUUGUACAAUUACACCUGUUUUUUUUCCAUUUCUGCUGCUGUUGUUUUUUGUUGUUUUUUUUCCCAACUAUUUCAACCUUCUUGUGAAUUGUCUUCUCAUAAUUCUCAUAAUUUCCUCAUAAUAUUACGAGUUUAUUAUGGUAAAAUUGUGACUUUUUUUCUUGUUUCAAUACGACUUUUUUCUCUCUAUAUUUGGACUUUAUUCUCAUAAAAUUACACCACUUUGGCUGUUGUUUCUUUUUCAAUUUUCCAACUACAGUAUUUCAACUUUCUUGUAAAUUUUCUUCUCAUAUUAUUAUGAUGUUAUUCGCAUAAUAAUAGAACUUUUCCCCCAACCUAAUAUUCCAAAGAUUACAACUUUAUUCAUUGAUUUGUUUGUUUGUCCAUCCAUCCAUUUUCUAUGCCGCUUAUCCUCACUAGGGUCGCGGGUAUGCUGAAGCCUAUCAAACUGACUUUGGGCGAGAGGCAGGGUACACCCUGGACUGGCCACCAGCCAAUCGCAGGUCACAUAUAGACAAACAACCAUCCACACUCACAUUCAUAGUUUAGACAGUUUAGAGUCGCCAAUUAACCUAACAUGCAUGUUUUUGGAAUGUGGGAGGAAACCGGAGUACCCGGAAAAAAAACAUGCGGAACUCGUUGUUUUGUUCGUUUCUUGUAAUAUUUUUACAUUAAAAAAAGAACAUAUUUUUUCUUUCAUAUUUCAAGUUUAUGCUACUAAAUUGAUGUGAUUUGCUCUUGUAAAAUUACUUCUGAUUUUUACAAUUUUGCUGUUGUUGUUUUUUGGGUUUUUUUGGUGAAAUGACAUGUUUAGAAUGUGCUGCACUUAAAACACACCGAUUUAACAAAUACACUUUGGUCCUCACGAGAUAUUGGUUAUGAUUAGUAAAUAUGACUUGAGAUCAAAGGCAGUCAUUUUUUAUGGACCAUGUUGGGUGGAGAUUCUGAACUGCUGUUAUUACACUUUUAAUCCCAUUUACACCUGAAGUCCCUGUAAAGAAUUCCAUGCUUUGUACAGCAUGUGCUUGUAAUUAUUAAUUAGCGCUUUACUCACAUUGAAGGGUAAUAAUGGGGAGAACUAGUAAAAUUAAAAGACUUUAUUGCCUAGGCCUACAAUUAUAGUUUACUAUGUGUUUGUUUUUCAAUACGUUUUUAAUGUUUAGCUGAUGCAACAACUUGGCAUGCACACUCUCAGUCUUGGCAGUGAUGUUGUGUUACAACAUAGUGUGCUGCAGUGAGUCCGAAUAUCAGAGCAGAGAACUGAAGGACAGUGUCACCACAAAGACACAAGCCUCACUCACACGCUUUGAAUUCAGGAAAAUGUUGCAUUCGUUUUUGGAAAAUGGGAAAACACGCAGUCAGACCACUACACCAAUACUGAAGAAAAAAUUCGGAAUAGUUGUUUUGCAAAUACAGUAGUGAUACGUUGAUCAAGUUAUAUGUUAGAAUAUUACUGGAAAGAAUCAAUAUAAUUAAACAUUGACUCAAUUCGUUCCGGGAAGCUUAUCAACCUCCAAUUUGUUAGAAUUUUGAAACAAUACAACAAGGCAAUGUUUAAGUAACAUUUUAACACGAACUGACUGUCGUGCAAGUGCAAAAAUAAGUUAACCCCGUUAAUAUGAGGAUGUAAUAACACUCUUCCCCAUAGGAAAUAAUGGAUAUAGAAAUCAUCCGUCCAGUGUCAAAUUUUAGCCGUCAUAAAACCUUUUAAGUAACUUGUUAAAUGUCAUGCAAUUUGGGACGUGUACCGAAACUCUGAUUCGUAAUGGUACCGGUGCCGACCUAAAGAGUAGUACCCAGACUGAAAAACCGAGUAGCUAACAGUGCCUCAUUUUGGUGCUAAAAUGAAUGCGGACUCAGCGACAGCCACCUGCAACAAGUGCUUGAAGGUGAUAUUGGGCAAGUAACGUCUUGUAACAAAUGUAGUGUCCCGACACAGGAACACAGAGUCUGAUGCUGUUUUUAAACUUAAUUGCCAACCUUUACACUCCAACAGCAGUGCUCAAUUCGGACACCACACACAUAUUUUUCCGUCGCUCUCCACAACAGCAACACAACGCUUGCUCGUUAGCCACCAAUCACACUCUCAUAGAGAGGUUCAUUCCCUGUAUUGCUGCUUGUUUUGCUGGGAUAAUUAUGACAAUUUGCUGUGGGUUUUAUUUCAUUUGGUAAAUUUAUUACUUAGUCAUUUUAUGUAUAUUAUUGAAGUACAGUUGUUUCUUGCCUCUUUGCGGUUCAAAUUUCACGGCUUCAAUCUAUGGUUUUUCAGAAAUAUAUUAAUUGAUAAAUCAUGCUGUUUUGUGGUUGACUAAGUCUAUUAUUAGUCAAAACAUAUGCAUAUUUAAGCUAAUGUUAUGUAUUUUAUGCUUAAAUUUGUCACGUACACGCUCCCUCGUUCUGUUUCCCUGCCUUCUCCUGGUUUCUUUUCUUUGGUCUUGGUGUUUUUGCUCCAUGGUGCUAUCUUUUCCACCAUUGCCUUUUGUUGGCUUUUUGGGAACUAAUAAAGACUGUGAAAACCUCACCUGCCUCUCGCCUCUGCGUCUGGGGUCCAGACUCACGCCAUAGUAAGCAUUUUCAACCAUAAAAAUGGCGAAAUGAACAUACAAAUAUACCUGUGAUGCAUUCAAAGACACAUUCGAAUACAUUGAUGUAGUACUCUAAACUAGUCACUAGAUGUCAGUGAUGUUAGUGUAAUGUCUGGUGAGACACACAAUUACCAGCCUUGAUUGCCGGAACAACAGACUUUUAUUGCAGGUUUGGGUUAUCUCACAAACAGGCACACUAAUAAAAGGCACAUGAUAAAAA